AUGGCAAAGGCUAAGAAGGGGAAGAGUGACGACAAGGCAGCUAAGCUAGCUGCAAAGAAGCAGAAGCAGGCCAACAAGGGCGAGAAGAAGGCAAAGACCAAGACUGCAAAGCUCGAGGGCAGCGAUGCCGAGGAUGUCGACCUCGAGCAAGUGCUCGAGGAGUACAGGAAGCAACAGGAGCAGUUCCUCAAAGUCACCGAGACCGUGUGCGAGGGACCGCCGAAGGCCCGCUCCGCUUCCACCAUCAUGGCCUCGCCCUGUGACAGCAACAACUUGCUGCUCUUUGGCGGCGAGUACUUCAAUGGCUCGCUGGCUCACUUCUUCAACGACCUGCACAUCUACUACAUCAACCGGGAUGAGUGGAGGUGCGUGACGUCGCCGAACGCCCCCUUGCCGCGUUCCGGGCACGCGUGGACGAGGGCGUCGAACCCGAACCAUGUCUACUUGUUUGGCGGAGAAUUCUCGUCGCCAAAGCAAGGAACGUUCCAUCACUACUCAGACUUUUGGCGGCUGGAGCCUGCAACGAGAGAGUGGACGAAGAUUGAGUGCAAGGGCAAGACGCCUCCCGCCAGGAGUGGUCACCGCAUGACAUACUGGAAGCAGUAUAUCAUCUUGUUUGGUGGCUUCCAGGAUACCUCAAACCAAACCAAAUAUCUUGCCGACGUGUGGAUCUUUGAUACCCAAAACUUCUCUUGGCACAGUCCAACUCUGCCUCCUGCCCAGUUGAAGCCUGACGCUCGGUCUUCGUUCACGUUCCUUCCCCACGAGCAAGGCGCCGUCCUCUAUGGAGGUUACUCGAGAGUAAAGGCUACCGUAGCGGCCAACAAGCAGGCCAAGGGGUCGAGCCAAGGACAGAAGAAUAUUCUGAAGCCAAUGGUGCACGAUGAUUGUUUCUUCCUUAGGAUGUCGCUGCCGCCUGAUGGUUCGCCUCCGACGGCGCCUCCAGUCGUUCGCUGGGAACGGCGCAAGAAGCCAGCCAAUGCUCCGAGCCCCAAACGUGCAGGCGCUACCAUGGCAUGGCACAAGGGCCGUGGCAUUCUGUUUGGAGGCGUGCACGAUGUCGAGGAUAGCGAAGAAGGCAUGGACAGCGAGUUCUUCAGGGAGCUUUUCGCAUGGAACAUUGAGCGGAACCGCUUUUUCCCACUCGCCCUCCGCAAAUCCCGGCAGCAAAAGAAGGCCAACCCGUCCGAGCAGCGCGGAGGCCGUCGGGCGCGAGCCCAAGACCGAGAGGAGGAACUCCUCCGUCAGCUGGCUGCUCUGGAAACAGGCAAGUCUUUGGAAGAUGCCGACGACAUGGAGAUUGAGAAGAAGGAGGAGGUGCCGGAAGAGGAUGCAAACCCUCUGAGAGAAAUGCCGAUUACAAUGGAGCUGCCGCACCAACGGUUCAAUGCCCAGUUGGCUGUGCAGGAUGAUGUACUCUACAUCUAUGGCGGUACAUUCGAGGCAAAGGACCGCGAGUUCACGUUUGACGACCUGUACGCUGUGGACCUCGGCAAGAUGGACGGCUGUAAAGAAAUCUUCAACAGACCUGUCGAGGACUGGAUUGAGUCCGAGGAUGAAGACGACGACGAUGAUGAUGAGGAUGACGAUGAUGAUGAUGAAGAGGAUGAAGACGAAGAAGGUGACAUCGAGAUGGAGGAAGAAGACAAGAGACAAUUCUACACGCCGAGCAAGCGCAAGAAGAAGCAGGGCGACGAGGCCUCCGUUGCCGGCUCUGAGACGACCAACGCAACGACCUCGACUGCUCCUACAAGCACCGCGGAGGAUGACGACACCGAGGCUACCGAAACGGUCGACGAUGGUCUCCCCCACCCAAGACCUUUCGAGACAAGACGAGACUUCUUCGUGCGCACGACGAACGAGUGGCAAGAGAUUCUCAUGACCAACCUGCGCUGGAAGAAUAUCCAGGUGGAGGCGCUCGCCAUCAAGGAGAUCAAAGCCAAGGCUUUCGAGCUCAGCGAGGAGAAGUGGUGGGACUGCAGAGAGGAGAUCACGGCGUUGGAGGAAGAGCAGGAGGCGGCUGGUAUUAGUGAGGUUGUAUCCCUUGCCGAAAGAGGGGAUGCUGGCGCUGCUGGUGGUGCCAGAAGGCGGUGA